AUGCUCGCCCACAAGUCAACAGACUGUGCAAUGUCAAACGUCAGCUCCACAGUAGUACGAACAUCUCAGGUCUCUUCAGGCACAAGCCUCCCAGCAACCUUCUUUGACUUCCAACACGAACUGGAUCGAUACCACUCGAUGCUCAUCAUUGGCAUUGCAGAAGCCACAGUCCUACGAAGCCAGGCCCAGGACGACGAUCUAGCACUGCGCUUGCGUCUCACGCUCAACGAAGUAGCAGGUGGUAUCAUGUUGGCGCAAGGCUGGAUAGACAGGGCUCAAGUUGUGAUGAGCAGCACGACCGAGAAUGAUCACAGGUGGAUUUCGCUUCGCAAAGUCGGAGAGGCGCUUGGGGUUUUGCCCUUGGUGUCUGGCGCCAUGCUUUACCAGGGCCAUUUGACGAAGCUUUGGAGGGCUAUGUAUGAGAGGGACUUGGGUCGUGCUUCUCAAGCUGGAAGUGCAGAGCAGAUGAGGUAUAUGGAAAAGCAGGCCCAGCGAGAUGGCAGGGGGAAUUGA